AACAAAAAUGGCGAAAUCCCAUACGACCUAAAUACCUAAUUCCCAAACCGCUCUGAAUACCGCCUAUUUUUCCUCACUUAUCUAUCUAUCUAUCCUCUCCGGCGAAGGCGGAGAUUAUCAUGGCGACGACAACAAUAGUCGCUGUUAGGAAUGUUUGGGGCACAUGGGAAGAGCUUGUCCUUGGAGGCGCUGUUCUUCGCUACGGCCCUCAAGCCUGGGAUGUCGUUUCAGCCGAGCUCCGGGCGCGAACCGUUUCUCCCUGUAGCUUUACUCCUGAGGCUUGUAAGGACAAGUACGACGACUUGCAAAAACAGUACACUGGAUGCACAGCUUUGUUUGAAGAACUAAGAAAGAGAAGAGUGGAACAGUUGAAGGAAGAAUUGGAGAAAGCAGAUAACAAUAUUGGAUCCCUUGAAUUGAAGCUUAAAAGUCUGAAAUCUGAGAAAGGAGAUUCCAACCAUAGCCAAGUUCACCACGGUUCUUGUGAAACUAAUUCACCCGCACCUUUACUGAAACCAGAGCACAUGGAAUCAUCUUGCAAAGAGGCAUCUAAUGAAGUGAUAUCGGCUAGCAGUAUCAGUCAGGUCAUAAAGACAGCUGCAGAGCCAGAGAUAAAGCAUGUUUCGAAAUCUUCCGAGCAAAAAGCAUCUCCUACAGUUGAGAAAUUGGUCGAAAAAGAUAAAACUGUCCAAAAGAGGAAAAGGAAAGACAGCAAGGGGAACAUCCAACAAAUUUCUCAAAGUAAAAAUAGUAAGAAUCCCAACUGUAAAGAAAGGCCAGUAAAAAGUGAAAAUACAGAGAGUGAAAAUUUGGGCUCAACCACAGUUGCAUCGUCCUCAAUCAGUGACUGCGAUCAGACUACACGAAACAACGACUUACUAGCACUUUUCGACUCCAUUGCCCAAAACAAACACGCCCUCGUCUUCCAGCACCGUCUCGACAACCAAAAAACAGCGAAAUACAGAAGGGUUAUAAGUCAGCACAUGGAUUUCGACACGAUAAAAUCGAGAAUCACCAGCUCAUCAAUCCGAUCAAUGCGAAAACUCUUCAGGGACAUGCUAUUGGUAACAACCAAUGCCUUGUCUUUCUAUUCAGGAAAGAUGCCUGAAUACACUAGUGCAGUAUUGCUAAGAAAAAUGCUAGCCGAAGCUUACGAACAGCAUUUCAAUAAAACAAGCAACAUUUUAUCCUCAUUCGAUUUCCUUCUGUCACCAAUAUACAACCCGCCCGUGAAACCUCGCAGUUCUCGUCCGCGUAAUCCAAGGUCGCUCAACCAACCGUCGAAUUUCCAUAAUUUAUUAGGGUUGGCAUCUCAAGAACAGGAAAAGGGUAAUAAUACUGAGAUUGUUGAGAAAAAUCCUAAAAGAAAGAUUGUUGGCCAAAACUGUAGAAAGGUUAACCAUGCUAAUCGAGUUUCGACGAAGAAGCAGGAUGGCCCGAGAUCUGAUGAAAGGCGUCAAGUCACAAACCCUAUGAAGGGGAAAAAGAGGGUUCGGAAAAUGUGACGACUACGAGGCAGGUUUUCGUUUUUGUCUUAUAUUAAUUUUGUGUCCAGUUUUGUUAGUUAAUUACAUGUAUUGACAAAUAAUUAGGGUUGUAGAUAAGCUUUCCAUCUUUUGGUGGGUUGACAUAAGAACCAAAUAUGCUCUUGUGAAGGUGAGUAAAGCUUCACAUUGAUUAAAAUAGAAAUGCAAGGUGUUUGCUUUUUA